AUGAAUACAGAAUCCGGAGAAACUUUCAAGUACAAUGUUCCACAUCGUGCUCAGACUAUUUUAAAGGCUAAUUCUGUAAAUUCGACGUUUUUGGAUUCUUUAUUAACCAGGAGGUUGAUAUACCAAUUUCAUCGUAAGUUUGCUGGUACAAUAGUUAUUUAUUUAUUUUAUUUCAUGUACAAUAGUUAUUGUUUGCGUUUAGGUAUUUUCUGCGAAACACAAGAAAUAGCAGUCGAACAUGGCCACAUGUUACCUUUGGAUUUGUAAGUAAUUAUCUUAUGUUUUUGUAAUUUUAGGUAUGAAUAUAAAACAGCUAAGGAAAGAAUCUUGCUUUUAGAGUUAACAUGGAUUUAUUUUUUUUAAAAGACGCUUAUAAUAGUUUUUAGGACUGUCGAGAUUAGUGCACGAUACAGAAGUUUGAUAAGAGAGAUUAUCAUUAAACUCAAACUGAAAACAGAUCUCCGUCCUGAAGAGAAGCGACUGAAGCUUGAGUUGGAAAGUGCUGACACACUAUGGUCACUGGUAGAGUCAGUGUACUUUCAGCCCAAGGACAGUGUUAUUGUAAAGGAUCUGAUUUGUUGGGCAGAGUAUUUAAUGGGAGAAUCCGCCAAGGAUAAGGUUGCUCAUGUUUUGACAGCAGAUGGUGCUGAGGCCCCAGAUCUUCAUCCUUCUUAUGUCCACGCGGUUAGUUAUUUUUUAAUUGUGAUUUCAUUGUUUUAGACUACUACUACUUUUGUAUAACAUAACAAUAUUAACAAGAAAAGCGUUUAUAAGCAUGUUUUAGUUAUUCUACUCUAUCUUCCAAGGGGAUUUCUACACAGUUUCGAAGCUUUUGAAGAACAACUCUAAAUACGCGAAGGACCUGAAAUUACAACAGAUGAACCAGUACAUGGAGUUGUUCAUAGACGCUAUGGAAAGCAAAGAAUUUAGUCCUUCAGACUUCAUCGAUGUUCAAAAGGUAACAUUACUUGUUUUUCAAGGUUUAUGAUUAAUUUAAAUAUAAAAUUGGUUUUGUUUCACGUUUUAAUAAGUUAAUAUUUUUUACGAUUAUAUGCCAAUUUAGUGAUUAAGUAAUAUAUUUUUUAGAAAAUCCGAGAAGCCGUCAGAUCUAAUGCCUUUGCUGACUCUGAACUCUUUCAAACUAUUGCUGGGGUUCUGUUAGGGAACCUCGAAAGUUACGUUCAGGUCACCAAGUACUGCUUUGAAGCGUGGUAUGAACUGUUACCGGCAUAUAUAUUGUUCUCAACGCCUGGAUGCGACCUGGACAAUAUUGCUACUGUUGCCAAGGUAGAGUUUUGUAGUAAAAUUAGUUGUUUGAAAGAAUUUUUUAUUUUUUAUUACGCUGAAAGUACAUUAUCAUAGUAUAUUACUUACAAAACGUCUUAAAGAUAUCCGAGGUUAUUAUUUUAUUUGAAUUUAGGUGAUAUACGAUGCGUUGUGCACAAAUUCGGCCCUUUCUCAAGUAGAAAAGCUGAACACUCAGCUGGACAAGUUGAUGUUUUCCAUCCUGUCUAAACGAUGUCAGGAGAUGUUGUCUGAAAUCUGUCGGACAAGCAACUUCUGGUGGUUCCCUGUCCACUUGUGUGACUUGUUCCAGAAGCACGAUCCCUACACUAUGAAUGCUUUGGCUGAUCUUAUUAGCCCAAACCAGGUGGAUGAAAAUGGAGAUGAAACUGAAGAACUCAAUGUCCGUUCUCAACUUGUCAUUGACUACGGAGACUCGCUUCUGUAUUCAGACUACUGGAAUCUGGCUCCGGACUACUUGUAUCAUUGUGGUACAGAAUAUCCAAAGCAGUUUUUGGACGAGAAGGUCGAAAAGUUGACCUUCAGCAAGUUCAAGAAGACAGACUGGUUCUGGAAUCUGACUUUAAGAUACGACUUGGAAAAGACCAAGCAAAAGAUAUGCAGAACGAUGGUCAAAAGGUAUGUUAUGCCAUAAUUUUAGCUAAUAUUUGCCAUCAAGGAAGGGGGGGGGGGUUCAAUUUUUGUCUCAAGAAUGACCGAAAAUACCAAAAACUUAGAAAUUGGUUCUGAAAAGAGUAAUUUUUAACUGAAUUAUUUGGUAACGACGUUAAGCCUUCAAAAAAUCGAAAACUGUGCACAAAAAACCGUAUACUUUUAAUCAUAGAACAACUUUUGUCCACCAAUAAUGUCAUCAAAUUUGAUAAUGUAGGUACAACAACGAAAUCAGUUUGAAUGAAUCCCUUUGUUGGGCCCUGAAAUCAGAAGACACGGAUCUAAUAGAAGAAGUAUCAAACGUACUGCUACAACAUGUAACGGCGGAAACGAUCACAAACUUGAGGAUAUUCGAUGCUCCGGUCGACACGUUUUAUCAGUAUCCAAUUCUGAUGUUGCUUCAAAGGUUUUAUCAGUUCAGGAGGUGUCUUCUGGAUGGACAAGCUCAAGAAGCGGCUACCAGACUGUACGAGCUUGUUCGCUUCGGCACAGCGCCAAUUCACUUCCAACUGGUACUCUUCGAUCAGAUGAGCAAACUUCUGGAUCCAACCUCCAGCGAGUUUUUGGAUGUAAGUAAUGUUAACCCGCUUUCUAUGGUAUUUGUUGUAUACACGUAGAUAGACUCUUAAAGUAUAAACUUCCGCAUAAAAUAGUUAAAUUCAAACCUUUUCAGCUACCUCAACUUAACCACGACUCCAUAAUGGACCUUAUGCGGGCUGUCAACAUCUUCCUUGCUCAAAAUGAUAUCAUAAACCCAAAAAAGAAUGCCGACAACGAUUUUGAUCAAGUCGAACUCACUGCCAAAGUUGGACAGCUACGACAUUCCUUGUGCAAUGCCUUGGCAUUGAAGUUACGUUAA